AUGGCUGCGAAGUCUGAUGGCCCGGGAGGAGGGCAGCGCUACUCUCUGGCCGACUGCUGUUGGGUGCUGACCGCCCUGAUGGUCUUCUUCUCGGACGGGGCCACCGACGUGUGGUUGGCGGUGGACUACUACAGUCGGGGCGACUACUGGUGGUUCGGGCUGACUCUGGUGUUCGUGGUGGCGCCCUCGGCCGUGGUGCAGGUGCUGAGUUUCAGGUGGUUCGUGUACGAUUACACGGCGGGUCCCGAGGCGGCGGCGGCGGCGGCGGCGUUAGCCCAGGACGGGGGGACCGCCCUCCCGCAGGGCUUCAGGACCAGGGACAGCGGCGGCGGCGGCGGCGGCCACAGACCAGGAGCCGCCAGACGGCAACAUCAGCCCUCCUCCGGCACCGGCUCCACCGGCUCCACCGGCACCGGCUCCGGCUCCGGCUCCGCGUGUUGCCGGGUCUGCCUCUGGUCCACACAGUGCCUCAUCCACAUUCUGCAACUCGGACAGGUCUGGAGGUACCUCAGAGCAAUGUAUCUCGGGAUUCAAAGCCGGUGGCACCAAGAUCACGAAAGGCGUCACUUCUACUGGCGAAUGAUGUUUGAGAGCGCCGACAUCAACAUGUUACGCCUCCUGGAAACCUUUCUUAAAAAUGCACCACAACUUGUCCUGCAGCUCAGUAUCAUGGUGCAGAGGAACCAAAUCGAAACGCUACAAGGGCUAUCAGCGGGAGCCUCUCUGCUGUCUCUGGCCUGGAUGAUCGCGUCCUACCAGAAGAUCCUGCGGGAUUCCAGGGAUGACGAGAUGCCCAUGUCCUACAAGGCUGCCGUCGUCCAGACCCUCUGGCAUCUGUUCACCAUCGGCGCCCGGGUUGUCGCCUUCUCCCUCUUUGCCUCGGUUUUCCAGCUGUACUUCGGGAUCUUUAUCGUCACUCACUGGUGCAUUAUGACCUUCUGGAUAAUCCACGGAGAAACGGACUUCUGCAUGUCCAAGUGGGAGGAGAUCAUUUAUAACAUGGUGGUGGGAAUCAUCUACAUUUUCUGUUGGUUCAACGUGAAGGAAGGAAGGACUCGCUGCCGGAUGUCCAUCUAUUACUUGAUAACAAUCUGCGAAAAUACCACCUUGACUGUACUUUGGUACUUGUACAGAGACUCCCGUAUAACAGAUUUCUACGCCUUAAUCAUCGUCUGUGUGGUGUUCAGCAGUUUUGCCCUGGGAAUGUUCUUCAUGUUUAUAUAUUACGGUGCAUUGCAUCCCAACGGCCCCAUGUUUGGGUCCCAAGGAGGAUGCAUUGAUGGUGGAGAGCAAGAGGCCGUCACGCACCUGCCUGCGGAGGUUGUAACCACUGCCCCUCGGGGAUUGACCCAGUGUCGGACUACAGCUGUGGAGCUGAUGCCUGGGGAUCGGGACAGUUGCUUGGCUGUGUUUCAGGUCAGGCCCAAUGUGACCCCAACGCCAGUGUUGCGCACACUGCGGACAGAAGGGCCGGUCAUCAGGAUAGACCUGCCCAGGAAGAGGUACCCUGCUUGGGACGCACACUUCAUCGACAGGCGCCUACGCAAGUCCAUCCUGGCUUUGGAGUACACUUCGACCGCCACACCCCGGCUCCAGUACAGGAACAUCAGCUUCUCUCAGGAGGUGCUGGAAUAUGAAACCACCGUGUAG